UUCUUCACUCUUGUGUGGUGGGUGGACUCGCGAGGAGGUCUCAGUUUAACUCUAAAAACACCUUUUUGACUGCAAAAAUUCAAAUCUCUCGCGCGACUGAGAAACGCCUGCUUUCUUCCGCCGUAGCGUCGCCGGAAGACAAAAUAUCAUUGUACAAUCUAUGGCGACGAUUCAGCCGUCAUUUGCUGUUUCUCCGGCGAGUAGCAAUCCGAUUAGAUUCGGGUGUUUCGCGCCGCAAUGCUUCGUCCGCGUCUCGAAACCGCCUUGUUCCCGGCGGCGGCUCGUCUCCACUACGAGUUUCCAGCGGAAGAUUGGCGGCGGCGGCGGCGGUUUGAUUCGAUGCGAACUUCCGGAUUUUCAUCUAUCGGCUACAGCGACUACUGUGGCAGGUGUAUCGACGGAGAACGCAGUGGACCGAGUUCAGAUUCCGAAAGGUGAAAUGUGGAGUGUUCACAAGUUUGGCGGGACGUGUGUUGGAAACUCUCAGAGGAUCAGGAACGUUGCAGAGGUUAUAAUCAACGAUAACUCGGAGAGGAAGCUGGUGGUUGUUUCGGCGAUGUCCAAGGUGACAGAUAUGAUGUAUGACUUAAUCCGCAAGGCACAGUCACGUGAUGACUCUUAUUUAUCUGCGUUGGAAGCUGUACUCGAAAAGCACCGGUUAACAGCACGUGACCUUCUCGAUGGGGAUGAUCUCGCUAGCUUCUUGUCGCAUUUGCAUGAUGAUAUUAGUAAUCUUAAAGCAAUGCUUCGUGCGAUAUACAUAGCGGGCCAUGCGUCAGAGUCGUUUUCAGACUUUGUUGCAGGACAUGGGGAGCUUUGGUCUGCUCAGAUGCUAUCAUAUGUUGUCAGAAAGACUGGUCUUGAGUGCAAGUGGAUGGAUACUAGAGACGUGCUUAUUGUUAAUCCUACCAGCUCUAAUCAGGUGGAUCCUGAUUUUGGUGAAUCCGAAAAGAGGCUCGAUAAGUGGUUUUCCUUGAAUCCGUCGAAGAUAAUUAUUGCGACUGGGUUCAUUGCUAGCACUCCACAAAACAUUCCAACAACUUUGAAAAGAGAUGGGAGUGAUUUCUCUGCGGCUAUAAUCGGUGCUAUUUUGAGGGCUCGUCAAGUAACAAUUUGGACUGAUGUUGAUGGUGUAUACAGCGCAGAUCCUCGUAAAGUUAAUGAGGCAGUGAUUCUGAAGACACUUUCUUAUCAAGAGGCCUGGGAAAUGUCCUAUUUUGGAGCAAAUGUUUUACAUCCUCGCACCAUCAUUCCUGUGAUGCGAUAUAAUAUUCCAAUUGUGAUAAGAAAUAUCUUCAAUCUCUCUGCACCGGGAACAAUUAUCUGCCAACCUCCUGAAGAUGAUUGUGACCUUAAACUGACAACUCCUGUCAAAGGUUUUGCAACCAUUGACAAUUUGGCGCUCAUAAAUGUUGAAGGUACUGGAAUGGCUGGUGUACCUGGUACCGCGAGUGACAUUUUUGGAGCUGUAAAAGAUGUUGGAGCUAAUGUGAUUAUGAUAUCACAGGCUAGCAGUGAGCAUUCCAUAUGCUUUGCUGUGCCUGAGAAGGAAGUAAACGCUGUUUCGGAGGCACUGCGAUCGAGAUUUAGUGAAGCUUUAAAAGCUGGACGUCUUUCUCAGAUUGAAGUGAUACCAAAUUGUAGCAUCUUAGCUGCAGUCGGCCAGAAAAUGGCUAGCACACCUGGAGUUAGCUGUACACUUUUCAGUGCUCUGGCAAAGGCUAAUAUUAAUGUCCGUGCUAUAUCUCAAGGUUGUUCGGAGUACAACGUUACUGUAGUUAUCAAACGUGAGGAUAGCGUAAAGGCAUUGAGAGCCGUGCAUUCGAGGUUUUUCUUGUCAAGAACGACAUUAGCAGUGGGAAUCAUAGGACCAGGCUUGAUUGGUGCGACAUUACUUGAUCAGCUGAGGGACCAGGCUGGUGUCCUGAAAGAAGAAUUUAAUAUUGAUCUACGAGUCUUGGGAAUCACUAGUUCAAAAACUAUGCUACUAAGUGAUAUUGGAAUUGAUUUGUCACGGUGGAGAGAACUUCUAAACGAGAAGGGCACAGAGGCCAAUCUGGACAAAUUCACUCAACAAGUGCAUGGAAAUCACUUUAUCCCCAACACUGUACUGGUUGAUUGUACUGCAGACUCUGGCAUUGCAAGCAAUUACUAUGGUUGGUUACGGAAGGGAAUCCACGUCAUUACCCCAAAUAAAAAAGCAAACUCUGGUCCCCUUGAUCAGUACUUGAAGUUGAGAGAUCUUCAAAGGAAAUCCUACACUCAUUACUUCUACGAAGCUACUGUUGGAGCUGGUCUUCCAAUUAUCAGCACUUUACGUGGUCUCCUUGAGACAGGAGACAAGAUACUACGCAUAGAAGGCAUUUGCAGUGGAACUUUGAGUUAUCUAUUCAACAACUUUGUUGGAGAUCGAAGUUUCAGCGAGGUUGUGGCUGAAGCAAAGAAGGCAGGUUUCACUGAGCCUGAUCCAAGAGAUGAUUUAUCUGGAACUGAUGUUGCAAGAAAGGUGAUAAUUCUCGCUCGAGAAUCUGGAUUGAAACUGGACCUCGCUGAUCUUCCCAUUAGAAGUCUCGUCCCAGAACCACUUAAAGGAUGCGCUUCCGCUGAAGAAUUCAUGGAGAAACUCCCACAGUACGACGGAGACCUAGCAAAAGAAAGACUAGAAGCUGAGAACUCCGGGGAAGUCCUGAGAUACGUUGGAGUGGUGGACGCAGUAAACCAAAAGGGAACAGUGGAGCUACGAAGAUACAAGAAAGAGCAUCCAUUUGCACAGAUGGCAGGUUCAGACAAUAUAAUAGCAUUCACAACGACAAGAUACAAGGAUCAUCCAUUGAUUGUCCGAGGACCUGGUGCUGGUGCUCAAGUCACGGCUGGUGGUAUAUUCAGCGACAUGUUAAGGCUCGCAUCGUAUCUAGGUGCACCGUCUUAACAGGUUACGAAAAUGGUCAGUUUUGCUUAUCUCCGUAUUAAAAGUAUCAGCUACGAUUCUACGGAUCAACAACAUUUUGCUUGGUCAUUUCUACACUUAUUCGUAGCUGAUCUUUGUUGUUUUUUUUGUGGUAAACAUGUACAAUAGCAACUAGUUUUUUUGGAUUUGAUGUUCUUUGUUUGAUGCAGUAAUAAACGAUUUGCUAUUUAAUAAAACGUGCAUGGAGAAUGUUACCCGCACA